AUGAGCGAAUCCAAUAAAAUAUUAACUUCCGAAUACCUGGAUUGGCAUGCCAAAUUAACUGGGUUACCAAGCAUUUUGACAGAUAAGAUUUGGUCUAACUUAUACAAAAAAUAUAAAAAAGAAACUGGGCAUGAGCCAUGGCAAUUAUCAGAAGAUUGCCUUCUCAUAAAUUUGAAGCCAGAAAAUAAAGUAUCCUAUUUAUCCUCUUCUGAGCAAUGUGAAGAAACAGGGCUUAUAACUUUUGAGGUCAGACCCGAUCCAGAAUUAACUAUCAAAUCUGUCUUAGAGCACUUCCCAUACUUGAAAUUCAAAAAUAGUUUCAGAGGGAUUGAUAAUUAUGAUUUUACAUCACCUCAGCCGUGGAGUUCACCAUAUCCUAUUUGUGAUGGAAAACAUGAGAAUUAUGGAUUAUAUGGCUUAUGGUACUGCGAAAAUGGGAAUCAGUUCCCUUAUGAUCCUGAAUUAGCGAAGUUGCUAUCCCAAGAUAAGUUGGAAUAUUGUCUUACCUGCAACACUUCAAGCAAUAAACUUAAGUUCGGAAUUGUAGCAUAG